AUGCACAUAGACUGCCCUGUCUUAGGCUGUGGCGGCGUUCUGGAGCCAGAGUAUUGUAGGUCGAUACUCCCUCCGGAGGUGUUUGAUCGUUGGGGCAAUGCAUUGUGUGAAGCUCUGAUUUUGGAGGCGGAGAGGUUUUACUGCCCGUUUAAGGAUUGCUCAGCGUUGUUGAUCAACGAUGGAGGGGCGGUUGUGAGGGAAUCGGAAUGUCCGAACUGCCGGAGAUUGUUCUGUGCACAGUGCAAAGUGCCCUGGCAUGCAGGGGUGGAGUGUCAGGAGUUAAAUGAGGGGGAGAGAGAGAGGGAGGACAUAAUGUUGAUGAAGCUGGCUGAGAAGAAGCACUGGAGGAGGUGCCCUAAAUGCAGGUUCUUUGUUCAGAAGAAAUCUGGUUGCGCAUUUGUGAAGUGCAGGUGUGGAGUUGAAUUCUGCUACCGAUGUGGAGCCGAGGCAAAAUUGUCGCAUUAUUCAUGGCAGUAUAGUAUAUACAUCCUGAUGCGGGGAGCAUCAGGCUCGAUGGAACAAUUAUCAAGCUCAAGCUCAACUGGAAGCAGUUCUGAUCGAUGUCCAUGGCUGUUUGUUGAUUUUCUAAGGUGGUUAUUCGUCUCCUAA